UGAAAAAUGUUUUACUCACAAAUCAGAACUUGAGAGGCAUCAGAGAGUUCACACGGGAGAGAAGCCGUAUCCAUGUUCAGAAUGUGGGAAAUGUUUUACUUUGAAAUCAUCUUUUAUGAGCCAUCAGAGAAUUCACACAGGGGAAAAGCCGUAUCUAUGUUCAGAAUGUGGGCAAUGUUUUACUCGUAAAUCACAACUUGAAAGGCAUCGGAGAGUUCACACAGGAGAGAAGCCGUAUUCAUGUUCAGAAUGUGGGAAAUGUUUUAUUAUGAAAUCACAUCUUGAGAGCCAUCAGAGAAUUCACACAGGGGAGAAGCUGUAUUCAUGUUCAGAAUGUGGGAAAUGUUUUACUCAUAAUGCAAAUCUUCUGAAACAUCAGAAAGUUCACACAAAGGAGAAGCCGUAUUCAUGUUCAAAAUGUGGGAAAUGUUUUACUCAGAAAUCAAAUCUUGAGAGCCAUCAGAGAAUUCACACAGGGGAGAAGCCGUAUUCAUGUUCAGAAUGUGGAAAAUGUUUUUCUCAGAAAAAAUCUCUUCAGACCCAUCAGAGAAUUCACACAGGGGAGAAGCCGUAUUCAUGUUCAGAAUGUGGAAAAUGUUUUUCUCAGAAAAUCUCUCUUCAGACCCAUCAGAGAAUUCACACAGGAGAGAAGCCGUAUUCAUGUUCAGAAUGUAGCAAACGUUUUACUAAUAAUUCAAGUCUUGCUAUACAUCAGAGAAUUCACACAGGGGAGAAGCCGUAUUCAUGUUCAGAAUGUGGGAAAUGUUUUACUACGAAAUCAUAUCUUCAGAGUCAUCAGAGAAUUCAUACAGGAGAGAAGCCAUAUUCAUGUUCAGAAUGUGGGAAAUGUUUUACUAUGAAAUCAAGUCUUGAGAGACAUCAGCAAAUUUGCACAAAGGAGAAGCCGUAUUCAUGUUAAGAAU